CCCCCCCCCUUGAGACCGCCUGUGGAUGCGCCCGGAAGUACCGCCAUUUUGGAUCCUCUGCGCGUAGAGAGAAGGCGAGAGGUGCGUGUGACCCGGAGACUGCGUGUGGCACCAUUUUGAAUAUCAGGAUCUCCCAAGCUCCGGGCCACUGCUUGUCAUUUCAAGAGACAGAACGUUAAUAUCAAAGAAGAUGAACGGCACCAUGGAUCACCCAGACCAUCCGGAUCCAGAUUCUAUCAAGAUGUUUGUGGGACAGGUUCCUCGCAGCUGGUCUGAGAAAGAGUUGAGGGAACUAUUUGAACAGUAUGGUGCAGUGUAUGAAAUUAAUGUCCUGCGAGACAGAAGCCAGAAUCCUCCACAGAGUAAAGGAUGCUGUUUUAUUACUUUCUAUACACGUAAGGCUGCAUUAGAAGCACAAAAUGCUUUGCACAAUAUGAAGAUUCUUCCUGGAAUGCAUCAUCCGAUACAGAUGAAGCCAGCUGACAGUGAGAAGAAUAAUGCUGUUGAAGACAGAAAGUUGUUUAUUGGCAUGGUGUCCAAGAAAUGUAAUGAAAAUGAUAUUCGGGUCAUGUUCUCUCAGUUUGGGCAGAUAGAGGAAUGCAGAAUUCUUCGAGGACCUGAUGGAUUGAGCAGAGGUUGUGCAUUCAUUACAUUUACAACUAGAUCUAUGGCACAGAAUGCAAUCAAAGCCAUGCAUCAAGCACAAACCAUGGAGGGUUGUUCCUCUCCAAUCGUUGUCAAGUUUGCAGACACCCAGAAAGACAAAGAACAGAAACGAAUGGCACAACAACUUCAGCAACAAAUGCAGCAGAUUAAUGCUGCCUCUGUGUGGGGGAACCUCGCAGGACUGAACAGUCUGGCACCACAAUACUUAGCACUUUAUUUGCAGCUCCUCCAACAGACAGCCUCUUCCGGCAACCUCAACUCCCUAAGUGGCCUCCAUCCCAUGGGAGGUGAGUACUCCAUGGGGAGGACAUCAGGACUCAAUGCCAUGCAGAUACAGAACUUGGCAGCUUUAGCUGCAGCUGCCAGCGUUACACAGAACCCAUCAAGUGCAGGCUCGGCACUCACUUCAUCCAGCAGUCCCCUCAGCGUCUUGACCAGUUCUGGUUCAUCCCCAAGUUCAAAUAACAGUUCAUCAAUCAAUCCCAUGGCGUCGCUCGGAGCUCUACAGACCUUAGCUGGUGCCUCGGGUCUAAAUGUUGGUUCUUUAGCAGGUAUGGCUGCAUUAAAUGGUGGUCUGGGCAGCAGUGGACUCUCAAAUGGCACUGGCAGCACAAUGGAAGCCCUGAGCCAAGCUUACUCUGGAAUCCAGCAAUAUGCAGCAGCGGCAUUGCCCUCACUCUACAACCAGAGCCUGUUAUCACAGCAGGGCCUGGGAGCUGCAGGCAGUCAAAAGGAAGUGGAUCUUUGGCUUACAGGCCCAGAGGGAGCAAACCUCUUUAUAUACCACUUGCCCCAAGAGUUCGGUGACCAAGACAUCCUGCAGAUGUUCAUGCCAUUUGGAAAUGUUGUGUCUGCCAAAGUUUUCAUUGAUAAACAAACGAACCUCAGCAAAUGUUUUGGUUUCGUAAGCUAUGACAAUCCAGUUUCCGCUCAGGCUGCUAUCCAGUCCAUGAACGGCUUUCAGAUCGGAAUGAAACGGCUGAAAGUUCAACUUAAACGCUCCAAGAAUGACAGCAAACCCUACUGAACUGUACUGCCCUGGGAAGUGAGCGAGAAGGAUGUUCUGAUCCCUUCCUGCCAUUUGUCCAUCAUUGUGCCUCUAAAGCAUGUCGGUGUGGCGUUCAAGUACAUCGUCCAAAUCCUUGUUUCUUCAGCUUCUUUGAUGCUUGAACUCUCACCUCUGAACUUGUGUUUUUGACCUUUUUGUUUUUUUAUGCUAAUGUGUUGUAUUUUUUUACCAUGUUGUUUUUUUUUUCUUCUCUGUAUGUUUCCUUUUGUGUUGCCAAAUCGGCUUUGCUACAAAGACUACGAAGAGGGACACAAUAUUUAAAUCUUGCAUUUGAUUAAAAAAAGAAUAAAAAUUAUAUGAAUCUAUUUUUCUAGAAAUUCAUAAAGUAACCACUUAAUUUUUCGGAUAAUACUUUGUACCUAAUCUUUUGAGCAGGCCUAGCUGGCACACUUCGUUUAAUAUUUGUCCAUUUGUUGUGUUUCUACCAACCAAAUUAAAUCUGUAUCUCCUCUCUACUGGAGCAAAAAGGGGGGGGGGGGGUUAUUUAAUAAAAAAAAAAAUGUUCCCCGUUUUUGUUACCUUAAAAAAUAUUGGAAUCUGAAAGACGGUCACUUUUUGCUGUCUGCAAGUGGCUUUUUUUUGUAUCGCCCUGUCCCAUCAGUAUGAUGUAAUUUCAGUGCUGUACCUGCUCCCUUUUUUUUUUUUUUUUUACCCCUAAUGCUCCCCGGGUCUUGGGUUCAGCUCAACCAAUAAAAUGUCCCCAUUUUACUUAUUUUUACAAAGCCGUUUCUUCAGCAGAAUGUGACAGUUUUUUUUUUUUUUUUAAAUCCUUCACUCAAUGGAUUGUGCCAAAAAUUGUGUGUAUAUUCUAUGUAUAUUUCUGCCUUGUCCUAUGUCUGUUUUUCAUCACUGCUCAGCAAUUUCAAUAACCCACCCCUGUGGGGCUCACGGAGUUGAUUUAUUUCUGUGUUUUAGUGGUAAAAAAUGCAAAGCAGGGGUGUAGAACGUUGUUUUGUGUUUUUUUUUUUUUUUUUUUU